AUGGUUAUGAGAUUAAGUACUGCUAUCAAACACCUUAAUUAUAGUUAUAAUCGAAAAGUCUACUCAUCGAACAUUUUUAUGCUUAUAAGAAAAAUGGCGUCCGAGGUGGAAAAAGCACAAUCUGCGGUUCCUAGUGAGGAUACAAUUUUUGGAAAAAUUCUUCGAAAAGAAAUCCCCUGUAAAUUUAUUUACGAAGAUGAUAAGUGUGUUGCUUUUCAUGACGUCAACGCUCAAGCACCAACUCAUUUCCUUGUCAUUCCUCGCAAACCGAUACCUCAACUGUCAAAAGCUGCUGACGAGGAUGAACUUUUACUAGGACAUCUUAUGAAUGUUGCUCGAAAAGUUGCUAAACAAGAAGGGCUUGAUCAAGGAUUUCGACUAGUUAUCAAUGAUGGUCAAAAUGGAGCUCAGUCAGUUUAUCAUUUACAUUUACAUGUUCUUGGAGGAAGGCAAAUGCAAUGGCCCCCUGGUUAA